CUGGAGUCAGGCGACGGGACGGACUACUCGGUGAUGGCUGUCGUGAAUGGGGAGAGGAGUGAGCGGUCGUACUGUCCGUCGCAGUCGUCGCGACACCUCCACAACCAUAAGGAGCGGCUCCGGAGAUCACGCAUGAAGUGCUCGUGCGAUGCGUUGAGGGCUUUGGUGCCCGGAGUGACCGAUAAGACAGAUAAGGCCACAGUCCUCGAGCACACCGUUGCCUUCCUCUUACACCUCUCCAAAUGCGAUGGAGUCAAGUGUACGGACUAUAUGCCGACAAUCCCUCCGCCGAUGUCCGCAAAGCUCUUGGAUUUAUACCCGACUCUAAUGACCGGCGAAUACCAAUACUACGAGUCGGCGCCGAACCUGCCCUUCGACUCCUCGCAAGUGCUGGAAGUGACUGAACAUAACGGCGCCAAAUAUGUCAUCACUACUGAUGGCUUUCAGUAUAUGAUUAUUGAGUCGACAGACACCGCGGGAACCGCUUCUCCAGGCGAUGACACUCUACAGCCGAUGGACACGAAUGAAGGCAUUGAGAGCACCGGUACGGCGACCGCCACUGACGAGGCUAUGAGUGUGGAGCUGAUGGCAGAGGCGAUGGACGACAGCAAGAAGUGUGUGCAACAAGUGGUGGAUCUGUUGUGUGAUAACAAGGAGAACAUCGAUCCGAAGGCUGUGGUGAAGCAGUGGAGGAAACCCGGGAGGAAACCAAAGGCCACCAAAACGACAGACAGUGCUCUUCAGGACAACUGCGGCGACAAUGCGGUCAACAAAUGCAAGGCUAGGCCUAAGGGUCCUAAGGGUCGGCCCCGAAAAGUCAAACCCAUAGACCUCUGA